CAUAGAAACAAAAUUUUUAUUUUAAAGCUAAGAAAAUAUUAAAAGGUUUUGAGAUGGAGAAUGGCACAAAAACUACAACUACUACUACUAGUGCUAUAGCUAGUGCACCCACAAGUUCAACAGUUUCAAGAACUGUUGUUCUAGUUUUGAGGGUGUUAACUUUUGUGUUCCUUCUCAUUGCUCUCAUUGUUCUUGUUUUAACAAAGGAAACUUCAGAGACAGAUGAUGGGGAAACAGAAAUCAAGUUCAAAGAUAUUCGUGCUUAUAGAUACAUGAUUUCGACAAUAGUGAUUGGAUUUGCAUACAAUCUCCUACAAAUGGCACUUUCAAUUUUCACCUUGGUAUCUGGAAGUCGUGUAUUAAAUGGGAAUGGAGGCUACAUGUUUGAUUUCUUUGGUGAUAAGAUUAUGUCAUACUUUCUACUAUCUGGUUCAGCAGCUGGAUUUGGUGCCUCAGAAGAUUUGCACAGAUUCUUCAAAGCAGCAGAACUUCCCUUAAACUCAUUCUUUGGAAAGGCUAAUGCCUCAGCUAGUCUUCUUUUAUUUGGAUUUAUAACCACAGCCAUAGCAUCAAUUUUCACUUCAUUUGCUUUGUCAAAGAAAGCUUAGCUUCAUGCACAAAAUGGUCUAUGUCUCCUAGAUUACUAUAUAUUCUCUUUUCCCUUAUCUAGUUUGGUUUAAUGUCUUAGGUUUCUUUGUUAUAAAUAUUCUCUUUUCCUUUCAUUUUAAAUUUUAUUUCCUAAAGGUUGUAAUUGUUUUGAUAAUUUUAAUAAAAUGGAUGAAU